GGGCUACAAGUCUGGCAGGAGAGAGCACCCCACAGCACCUGACUGGGGCAGCCUUCCCAAGAAGAUGCCACUGUUCCUGUUCCUGGUGGCCUUUCUUCUACCCCCUGGGGCUGGGGCAGGGGACAUCAUCGGAGGCCGAGAGGCCAGGCCUCAUUCCCGCCCCUACAUGGCGUAUCUCCAAAUCCGGUCUCCAAACGGCGGCUCCAGUGCUUGCGGGGGUUUCCUGGUGAGAGAAGACUUUGUGCUGACCGCAGCUCACUGCUGGGGAAGCCGGAUCGCCGUGACCCUGGGAGCCCACGAUGUCGGGAGGCGGGAAAGAGUCCAGCAGCGCACCACUGCACGCAGGGCCAUCCGACACCCCAGAUACAAUCCCCAGACCACAGCGAACGACAUCAUGCUACUGCAGCUGGCCGACAGAAUGAGGCGCACGCGCCAGGUGAGGCCGGUGCCGCUGCCUCGGGCGCAGGCCGGGGUGAGACCCGGGGCCACGUGCACGGUGGCGGGCUGGGGCCGGUUGGGCCUCAACAGGAGAACGAACAAACUCCAUGAGGUGCAGCUGACCGUGCAGAACAAUUCGAGGUGCUCCCGUCGCUUCAAUUUCUUCAACGGCCAAACGCAGAUUUGUGUGGGAAACCCAAGGGCCGGGAAGUCCGCCUUCUUGGGCGACUCCGGAGGCCCCCUGGUGUGUAACGGCGUGGCCCAGGGCAUUGUCUCCUAUGGAGAUAGGAGGGGGACUCCUCCAGCAGUCUUCACCAGGAUUUCGGCCUUCAUGCCCUGGGUAAGGAGAACAAUGAGACGCUUCCAACAGCAGUGCCAGCCCUAGACCCAGCUGUGACUGACUGCUCUGGGGCGGCUGCCGGGGUGGGUGCCAGAGCCUUAAUAAAUGUCCAUGUCUAGGAUGGAAAUAACUGA